AUGGCAGCCGUUGUACUCAGAGCCGCUUCUAUUGGGAGCGGAAGCGGCGCGGGGGACAUUGACAUCGUGAGCAUCGCAGAAGCCAGCACCAAGCUAGCGGAGAUAGCAUGUCAAGAGGCCGAGAAGCUCAAAGAGCAGGCUCGAAAUGACGACAAUGAAUCCAGCAUCCGCAAGCAUUUCCUCGACAAUGCUAUCAGCUCCAUUCGCACAGCAACGUUUGACCAGUACAACAUCGUCGUCUGCACCGACUACGAACAAGAUGACUUCCAGGACGUGCAGGGGCAGAUCUUGCUCUUGAGACCGAUAGAUGUGGAGGUCAAGAAGGACGUGGUUGUCAAUUGCAAGAUAUACAUCUUCGACACGGGCACGUACAUCCGCCAUGGCAAGAGGGAGAGGGAGGAUUGGAGUUGGUGGGGCGAGAGCAAGAUAAAGUCCGACCCUGUUUCAAUGCAGGUCUACUUUGAGAAUGCUCAGCCCAAGAAGAAUGCGGAGGAUAUCAACUUCCUGAUGAGCAAAGGAGGUGACCAGAACGCUGGCGCAGAUGCAAAUGCGGCUGCGAAGCAAGUUGAAGAGGACGCCAAGGCAGGAAAUGAGGAUGCGCUUAAGAUUGAAGCAGACCAGAAGGCUGAAGGGGGCCAUCAGACUGAGAAUAAAGCCAAGAAGGAAAAGCAAGAAGAUGAUGCAGAGGAGCUGUCUGAUGAUGUGGAGGAGGCAUCUGAUGACGUGGACGAGGAAUCUGACGACGUGGAGGAAAAGGGGUCAGAGGACGAGGACGCGCAGUCCGACGACAUCGAGGAAAAGUGA